AGUUAAAGCCACCGCAGGGUCACCAGGGGUCUUAUUCCCUAACCGUGUCAACUGUCAAAGCAGAAGUGACCGUCAAUAUUAAAAGAGUGUAACGUUUGAUCGUUGACUUGCGUUUACGUUUAUUAUUUUUAAUUUCAAUUUCAUUAUUCGCCUGGUCUCGGAAGAUUAUUAAUAUUAAAUGAUAAAAAUGGAGCCAUUGCAAACGGCAUUAUCCGCUUUAAAAGUAUUACGCUCUAGUGUAGGACAAGUGUUUUACUGCCUUGCUGAUGGUAUCAGAGCUGAUCAUGGAGAAGAAAAUAAAGAAAAUAAAUACCUAUUAGAAUUACAAGAACUUUUGACGACUGUUGGUACUAAUUUGAGAGAUGUUGAGCAAGCUGUCAAUUCUUUGAGUCCAGCUCCUGGACCUUUUAAUUUAGGAAAUACUCAAUUCCUUUGUCAAGAAACUACACAAGAGCGUCAAGCUUUGUAUGGUACAUUAGUAAAUGCAUAUAAAUGGACAGACAAAGUCCAUGAGUAUAGCCAUGUAGCUCAUCAAAUUUUGAGUCAAAAUUUACUCAAACGUUCAUCUGUACCAUUGAAUAGAGCAAAAAGAAGUAGAGUACAACCUGGAGCUCACAACUAUACUCCUCCACAGGUUGACCAAGUGAUUUCCUCAUUUGAUCGUAUUUACACUGACAUGCCUAUUACAAUUACAAGGCCUUACACAUCUAAUGCAGUUAUCCACGUAACAUUAGGCCAUGUCUUGAAAGCUAUAAUAGCGUUUAAAGGACUGAUGAUAGAAAGAGUAGUUGUUAAGGGAUACAAUGAGCAACUCGAUUUAUGGACAGAAUCUAGGUAUAAAGUUUUUCAGCGUGUAACAGAUCAUGCUCACUCAGCAAUGCUUCAUUUUUAUAAUACUAAUUUUCCAGAAAUGACUUUGAAGAGCUUCUUUGCUUGGUUUCACAGUUUCAUUACGUUAUUUAGCGAUCCUUGCAAACGGUGUGGUCUGCAUCUGCAUACUGCUUUGCCUCCAACGUGGCGAGAUCCAAAAUCAUUGGAUCCAUAUCAUUUUGAAUGUAAACCGUGAAUAGCAUAAAGUGCGAUAAGACUGCGUAAAAAGUGAACACUUGAAUUUCAAACACUUUUGUGGAUGUACAUAUUGCAAUGAAAAUAAAUUUAGU